AGUGGCGGCGCCGCGUGCGUCCGGUGGAGGCAGUGGUAGCGGUUGCUCGGCCUUGUACCGUCCCGGCCAUGGCUGUCCGCGCCAGCUUCGAGAACAACAACGAGUUGGGCUGCUUCGCUAAGCUCACCAACGCCUACUGCCUCGUGGCCAUCGGCGGCUCCGAGAACUUCUACAGCGUCUUCGAGGGGGAGCUGUUCGGGACCAUCCCGGUGGUGCACGCUUCCAUCGCCGGCUGUCGGAUCAUCGGCAGAAUGUGUGUGGGAAACAGACACGGGCUGUUGGUCCCGAGCAGUACGACAGACCAAGAGCUCCAGCACAUCCGCAAUAGUCUUCCAGAUUCUGUACGAAUUCAACGAGUAGAAGAGCGUCUCUCGGCACUGGGCAAUGUCACUACCUGCAAUGACUAUGUAGCUCUUGUUCAUCCCGAUCUUGACAGGGAGACAGAGGAGAUCUUGGCGGAUGUACUGAAGGUUGAGGUUUUCAGACAAACGGUAGCAGAUCAGGUGCUGGUGGGAAGUUACUGUGUUUUUAGUAACCAAGGAGGAAUUGUGCACCCCAAAACUUCAAUUGAUGAUCAGGAUGAACUGUCUUCAUUGCUCCAGGUCCCACUUGUGGCCGGGACGGUGAAUCGGGGGAGCGAGGUGAUUGCGGCGGGGAUGGUUGUGAACGACUGGUGCGCCUUCUGCGGGCUGGACACCACCAGCACCGAGCUCUCCGUCAUCGAGAGCAUCUUCAGGCUGAACGAAGCUCAGCCCAGUACCAUCGCCACCAAGAUGAGAGAUUCCUUGAUUGACAGCUUGACAUGAGUGGUGCUGGUUCCUACUUUCCAGACAGCUCCCAAGGAGUGAAGCGUCCGGCUGCACUUUGGAUUUCGGACAUCCAGCCCCUCUGAUGUUGUUUCUGCAGACCUGGCCCAAGGAAGAGCCUACAAACCCAACUUCUUGUAGUGUUUUGUAAACUAAGUAUUAUUACAAAACCUGACAAAUAACAUGCAUAAGUUACAAUUAAGGAAUGCUCUCUAUCCAUUUGCUGACAUUUUCCAGUCCUUCAGAUGUGCUUUUUCAUUUUGUGAUGCUGCCCGAGCCCCUCAAAUGAGCCCGUGAUAUUUACUCUUGUGGCUCUUGGAUAUCCACCACUAGAGGUGAUUUUGCCUUAAAUAACACCUCAGUGUUCUGCUGCAUGCAGCCUGUUUUCAGCACAUAACGUGGCACUGCCCUCUCUUUCCACAUUCCUGCUAAAGUCCCUUUUAUGGCCAGCACCAAAAAUAUAGUAGUUUAUUUGCCACAGAAUCUUUCAGAAGCCAUCACUUGCUCUCCUGCCCUGACUCGCAGCUGUUCCUGCAGGGACAGUGAUUUAAAGUGAUUAAACUGGGAGUUUCUCAGAGUCAGUCCUGGGGUUUCUGAUGGCACCGGAGUGUCCCUGUCCCUGGAGCACUGGUAUGGGAUCUGUUUGGAGAUGCCUGGUGGCAGAUGUGCUGCUUCUCAGGCAUCUGCAAGACAGAGCCUAGAGACGUGUGCUAUUGCCCGGGGGCUUAAAUGUCUUCUGCAGCGGUUCCCCAUCCACCCUGGGAAACUCUUACAAGUCAGCAAAUUUAAAAAAAAAAAAUUAAACCACCUCAUCUUGAGUUAUUUUGGAGACAAAGGUUAACUAACACGGUUUGAAUGAGUUACUCCAGUCUGUCAGGUGUUACAGAUUUAGGAGCUUGCUAAUGAAGAGCUCUGCCCUUAUCAGGGGGUGAUGAUGGCAAAAAGGAGCUGUAGAUGCUGCUUACAGUAGAGGAUGAUCAUUUGCUUCUCAACAGCUCACUGAUCUUAUUUCAGUUCCUUUUCUUCUGCUUGCCUGUGGAAGGGGUACUGAAAGCAUAGAAAGAAAUGCCUCCACUUCCCACCCUGAGGGUACCUGGAAGCUCCUCUCUUGCUCCUGCACAGCUGCGUUGCUCUCUGGGCUCUCUUGGGGAGAGAACUGUCUCAAAGAUGGUGCGGGCAGAGCUUUUUUUGGCCCUGGUGCUUCAGGCUUUGUAGAAAAUAAAGUAAACUUCCAUCUUGUAUUUUUUUUACUGUCUGGAUGUUUAGGGAAGACUUUGGUUGAUUAAAGGUUGUUCCUUAAACUUUCAAAUAAAGAUUGCCACAGGAUCAUAGUGGCCCUGCCAUCUGGGCUGUCCAGAACAGUACCUGAGCUGGGGGCAGACAGCUCACCUUCCUCCUGCCUCUGGGGACACCCAUAGCCAAGAGCAGCUCCUUGCUGCUACGGGUAGCAGUUUUUGGUGUUUAUGGCCCCUUUGAUAUUUUGGACCACCUUUCUUGACACUGACUCCAGGUCUCCUCCCCUUAGUGUAUCUCAGCGUUCAGAGUGAGGAGCUGCUUUCCUUUGGCCACCUCUCAGGGCUCUGUUGUUGGGGGUAGAUGGCACAGUUGGGCUGUUGCUGUUGGGUGUUGGCGUGUAUUCGUCGGGAGUAAGGCUGAAGUUUUCAUCUGCAACUUCUGUAACUCAUUUUUUUUCCAUUCCGACUGAUGGGCAGGAGUCCUGGUUUAUACUGAUGAUCUUGAUGUGUGUUACGUGUUAAAAAUUGCUUGGAGCUAAACAGGAAAAAUAAUGCGGU